UGUUGGUGUCUCUGAUCUUCUUUCUCAAUGGUGUUUUACGUCAAUCUGUCGCACAACGGCUGUUGGUGUCUCUGAUCUUCUUUCUCAAUGCUGUUUUACAUCAAUCUGUCGCACAACGGCCAUGUCCAGGUGACUGUUAUUUUGGUGACUACCUCUUGGUGAGAGCCCCAGAAAAUGAUAGUUACCUUCCCUCCUGUCAAAUGAUACAUGAGUAUAGAUUUGGAAGACCUUCAAUAGAGACUUGCUUUUCUACAGCAUGCGAGCGAAAAGGGAAUGUUAUACAGUGGGGCCCGUGGGAUGGGUAUUGUGCAAUAUUCAGAUGUAUGUCAAAUACAGAUGGCACUGAUUGGGACUUCAAAUGGCUGAGGGUUGGAAACAAUAUUCAAGCUUGGAUAUAUGCAAAGCCACAUUCAUACGCACCAAGAUGUCAUAACUCUUAUUUCAUGAGGAGAACAUGGCGUAUUGAUGACCAACCAAUUGCGUCAAAUUGUUUUCCAAUUACAACCAGAACUGUCGCAGACUUGCAUGAAUGUAUGACAUUAGCUUGUGGAGCUAAAGCGAAUGUUUUUAACUUUUACCCUCAAAAAGUACCACCGAUCUGUGAAACGAAACAUUGCGGAUGGAAAGCACCAUAUUCUGCCUAUUUACCUGAUGACUAUGUCUUUGAGUUAUAUAAUGCUACAGGUAACAGCAAUGUACUUGUUUAUGGCCUCUCCCAUACAUCGAAACCUUGUAACUUCAGCGUCCAAAAUCAAACUAUUGGGUUCUCUCGCUAUCAUCUUGCUUGUGACGAAGAUGAUUAUGAAGCAUGUGGAAAUGAAAUAGUUGAAGAAAUGUUUUGCAACUAUGGCAAAACUCUUGUUCUAUAUGAUUCGACUGCGACAUCAUAUCGUCGUUCAGUUGCCGGGAAGUGUCGAAGUAACCACGAAGGGACAGGAUGGAGGUUUACGUAUACUUUCAAUGAUAACAAAUGUUACAACAGUGACACAGACUCAAACUGGCUCAUUCUACCUUUCCCAGGUACUCCAGAUUGCAGAUCCUCUUCUUUUGUGCUUACAAGACUUAAAAACCAAUGUUUGAUGUCUAACUGUGACAAGUCCAUUAUGAUUCAUGAAGCAAGGGACUUGAGACAAUGUAUGCUUCAUGCUUGUGAACAAGGAUUUAAUGUCAUUAACUACAACAGCAAUGCAACACUAGUAAUAUGUGAUCUAAGGUUCUGUAAAAGAGGAAGAGAUGAAGAAUCUGAUAUCAAGUUGAUCAAUGUAACAGAUCAGGGCUUCGGGUUUGACAUUUAUGUUCUUCAAAAUGGUCAAGGCAUUAUGUCUACUACUUCCCAAGUUUCGGAAACAAUGACUCCUUCAACACUGACAACAUCUCCAGGUAAAUCAACCUCAAGCUUUUCUGCCUCUUCUGAAACUGCGACUUCUGGAACUUCCUCUUCUGUAGCUACCAGUACAGUAAGAGUAGUCGAUACCAAACAUAAACAAAUGGUAGAUCAAUAUGAGCGACAGAUCCAUGCUUUACAGGCCACAGUGAUAAUCCUCUUCGUUAUACUCAGUAUUGCUUUCAUUUUUGUUAUUUUGGGUGUCUACGUGGUACACAGGCGUCGUAACAAUGACACAGAUAGAGGGAACAACACAAAGAUGGACACUACGGCUAACAAUGUUAACAAAAAUAUUGCCUGUGAUAACACAGUUAUGGACUUAAAGGAUGAAGAAGCAACGGAGCACCAUUAUGAGGAAAUUGAUAAGACAAAUGUUGAAGGAGCCUCAAAUUAUGAAACUAUUCGGACAAAUAGUGUUAGGCUGCCAAAUCCUCCAGUGAAAAGUAAAAAGAAAUUGAAGUUUAAAAGAAAAAAGAAAAAUUCAGCUUGUUAAAAGACAUGUAUUUUUGGAAGUUCGGUAAUAUCAUUCCAUCUUAAAAACUGUUAGCCAUGAAAAAUCAAAAUUAUAGACAUCUUUGAGUAAGUUAAAAAAUUCAAUUGGAACAUAUCAUUUUGUUGAUUUGACAUUGAUCAGUCAGAAAAAUUUAAGCACAUAUUAUUAUGUAAAUAAGAAUCUUAAACAUGUUAAUCUCAUAGUGUUCAUACAAGAAAAA